UAAGAUGCCGGAGAGGUGAGGGAGGAUGACUGAAGAAACGAGAAGCGAUGAAGGCUGGAAAAUGUCGAAACCUCGCGAUAUUCCUAAACCAGAUGAUCCGGAACGACAUCGUCUUACAGAGGCGUUUCCUACACGAAGGACCAGACACUGUAGAGGAACUAUUGGAGAGGCACAUAGUGAAGAAGGGGAAUAGCUACGACGAUGAAGAAGACGAUAUAUUAACUCGGCGGCGACUCACCAGCACUCGGCGAGAGGCACUAAGUCUGUACCGUGAUAUUCUUCGAGCCACCCGAUUCUUCAUGUGGCCCGACUCGCGAGGCGUUCUCUGGCGCGACGUUCUCAGAGAAAAUGCGCGGAAAGAAUUCGAAGAGGCGCGAUUUGAGAAAGAUCCGGAGAUCAUUACUCGGUUGCUUAUUGGGGGCAGAGAUGCGGUGCAAUCUGCCCUAGAUAAGCUCGUCGAGAAGCAGAAAGAGCUGGUCGAGAAGGAACGGAGAGAUCGAGAUCGACGGUGAUUUUGGGUAACUUCAUUGUUUUUUAAAUGUAUGUGUACAAUUGGGAUUAUAAACUUGAAUAUCAUUAUAGGAAUUUUGCUUUGGAGGUGGAAUGGGUUUGGAAAAGCCUGGUGAUUUGUUUGAUAACUAAUAAAAUGGAACGAAAGAAAACUGAGUCUUAAUUA